AUGACUGUCGGAAGUGAAAUAGAACUCUCCAAUUUUUGGGAAAAGGCCGAUAAUUGUCUUCUCAAGUACGGAGGCGAGUUUGUGAGAGAGAUCAUAGUUGGCUCAAAAGGCCUGUAUGUGUACACAAAUGAAGGCAAAAAGAUCCUCGAUUUUACCUCAGGCCAAAUGUCGUGCUUGAUCGGCCAUUGCAAUAGCGAGAUCUCGGAGGUUAUUACAUACUACGCCGAGAAUCUGGAUCAUAUCUUUUCCGGCAUGCUCUCUCCACCAGUUGUAGAUCUUGCUUCCAAAUUGGUCUCCCUGACACCUGACGGACUGGACAAAGCCAUUUUUCUUAGCACCGGAGCAGAGUCCAACGAGUGCGCCAUCAAACUAGCCAAAACUUUCACUCAAAAGUUUGAAAUAGUUGGCCUUUCGCUUUCUUGGCAUGGCAUGACCGGAAAUGCUGGAUCCUGCACCUACCAGUCAGGAAGAAUUGGGCAUGGCCCAACCGUGCCGGGUCAGCUGAUCCUCCCAGCCCCAAAUGAGUACCGCUCAAUUUUCAGACAUCCAGAUGGGUCCUACGAUUGGAAGACAGAAAUGCUGUAUGGGUGGUCUCUUGUUGAUUCUGCCUCUGUUGGAUCUCUUGCUGCUGUGAUUUUGGAGCCUGUGCUGUCUUCGGGUGGAAUGCUCGUCCUUCCUGAUGGCUAUCUGAAGGAAAUGAAGUUACAGUGCGAGAAGCGUGGCAUGUUGCUCAUUGUUGAUGAAGCGCAGACAGGAAUUGGCCGUGCAGGAUCCAUGUUUUCGUGCAUUGAUUCCGGCGUUGUCCCCGACAUUUUGACUUUGAGCAAGACUCUUGGAAACGGGCUGCCUUUGUCAGCUGUGAUGACUUCGAACGAGAUAGCCAAGGUAACUGAGGAACGAGGAUUCCUGUUCUACACCACUCACGUGAAUGACCCGAUUCCUGCCGCUGUUGGGUCAAAGGUGCUGGAUAUUGUGCUGAGAGAGAAUUUGGUGCAAAACUCUACUGAACGCGGUGAACAGUUCAGAAACGGACUACGAGACUUGGCUAAAACAUAUCCUUGGAUCGGGGAUGUCAGGGGAAAAGGUCUCAUGUGCGGAAUGGAGCUGGUUAAGGAUCGCAAAUCAAAAGAGCCUUAUCCCGAGCUCGCUUCAAAAUUAGCAACCAAGAUGAUGGACCUUGGGCUGUCUGCUAAUCUGAUUGCAGUCAAAUCUUUUGGCACCACUUUCAGAAUGGCACCGCCUAUUUCUAUCUCCAAGAAGGAGAUGGAUGAAGGGUUGGCUAUAAUAAAGAGUGCAUUCGAGGCUGUUGUGGCCGAAGGUAUAUAA